AUUUAACCAUCAAUAUUCAAUAUUUACAUAUUUAAAUUUUCCUGUAGUCUAAUCAACCUAGACCAAAUUGUGUAUUGAAAUGGAGAAAUUAAAACAAAUAAAUCGUAAAUGUAAACGAUUUUCAGCACGCUUAAAGACUUCAAAGGGAGUUUUAUGUGUUGAAACACCAAGUACUAACAUAGUGUUGUGUAACGUAGGCCAGGCUACUGGCUUCCUUAAGGAAGAUGCUAACAAUCUCCUACAGAAGCUUCCCACAGUGAACUUACUUAAAUACAUUGCUGAAAAAGGCGAAUCACACUCUUUUUUAGUUUUUGCUGAUGUUGAAAGUUCUCGACUGUUUCAUGAAGCUCACAAUGGUAAAGCAAAGGCGAUGAAUGGAACAGUGAUUUAUAUGAAUUAUGUUGAAGGAGUUCCAAGUGAUGAGAUAAUAUGCACAGUACAUCCACCAAAAGGGCUUCAAAUAAUACCUGAUUUUAUUACAAUUGAAGAAGAAAAAGAAUUUAUAACACUAUUUGAUUGGAUAGAUCAGUCUAACCUAAAGAAUCGACAAGUAAAACAUUACGGGUAUGAAUUUAGAUAUGGCAGCAAUGAUGUGGAUUUAAACGCCCCCUUAGAUGAAGAAAUUCCUCCUCAAUGUGACAUUUUAUGGGAAAGAUUGAGAGCUCAAGGCAUUGCUAUAAAUGUACCAGAUCAACUUACUGUAAAUAAAUAUUUGCCAGGACAAGGAAUUCCAUCACAUGUUGAUAGACACAGCCCCUUUGAGGACACAAUUUUAUCUCUGUCACUAGGCUCCGAUGUUGUUAUGGACUGGAAGCAUCAUAGUAAUAAAUAUGUACCCAUUGUGGUGCCUGCUCGGUCUAUGCUUGUUAUGCAGGAGGAGGCAAGAUAUGACUGGCAACAUGCUAUUCAACCUCGUACAUGGGACCCUAUAGUACAAACCAGAAAACACGAAAGAGUUAUAACUGGCGAUACCAGACCUCGGGACACAAGGAUAUCUCUUACUUUCCGUAAGACAAGAGAGGGACCGUGUGAAUGUUGUUAUAACAUUUUGUGUGACCGAUUUAAAAAAGAUGGGGAAUUAGACAAUGUAUUAGCAUCGCAUUUAGAGGAAUUGCAUGUACAUCAGGUGUAUGAACAAAUAGCAGGCCACUUUAGUACGACGCGUCACAAGCGCUGGCCUCGGGUUGAUGAAUUUUUGCAGAGCAUACCCUCAGGAGCAGUGUUACUAGAUCUUGGGGCCGGAAAUGGAAAGAAUAUAUUGAAGAGGAAUGAUAUCUUACAGAUAGCUGGCGAACGUAGUGCAGGGUUGUUAUUAGAAUGUUCGGCGCACACACGCGCUAUAUCUGGCUCGGAUUGUGUCAGACUUGACUUACUUCAUUCGCCGUUAAGGGACGAGUGUGCGGACGUCAUUAUUUGUAUCGCUGUCAUACACCACUUUUGUAGCGAGGCAAGAAGAAAACAAUCGAUCCUUACGAUCGCGCGUCUUCUUCGUCCUGGAGGUGUUGCCCUCAUCACAGUAUGGGCCAAAGACCAGACCAAAUCGAACUACUUGGACACAAACAAGGAAAACCGCGAUACAGACCUAGUCACCACGAUUGGGGGUGUAAAUCUUCCAAUACACGAAAAUAGAACACAAUUUCAGCAUUCAGAUCUCCUAGUUCCGUGGAAGUUGAGGCAAAUCCGGGAUAAAAAGUUAACGAAUACAUCCGACACGUUUUUGAGGUAUUACCACGUGUUCGAAGAUGGCGAAUUGGAUGAUUUGUGUAAACCGGAACUCGAGAUUGAGAACAGUUUCUAUGAGGAAGGGAAUUGGUGUGUUGUUUGUAAGAAAUUGUAAAAGGUUUGUUGUGUAUAUCGGAUAGUCUUUCAUUUAGACAAUGUUGUGAAGACAUAGAUUAUUUUAUAGUGAAGUCACUAUUCACACUUCAAUCGUUAAAUGUCAGCUGUCUAACGUCAUCGUUCGCGUCAUCUGUCAAUCUUGAAUUCGUGAUGACAUUGAAGUUACCUCAUAUCAUAGAGUACCUCAUGUAAAGGAAAUAGAGUUAACACGCAACAUUGAAGCGCAAUGCCUUGAGUUAGUUGUGGAAACUAAUGGCGCAAAACGCGCGAAGGCGUAAUUUCAAAUUAUGUGAUGACCAUUUUGGUAAAACUUUUUAAUUAUUAUCAUAUGAAGUGUGCGUACCUGGUAAUAAUAAUGUCGGUAUAUCAAUGGGACUUAAUCAACGAGAUUCAUGAAUCUUAAAAUUAGAGCAUAUGACCAACUUUCCGCGACUUGAAAACAAUAGGAAUCCGUUGAUGUGUCAAGUUGCAAGUAACCAAACCAUGAAACGAUUCUUACCUUUUUUUGGAUGCGGAAAAGAAUAUCGCUUAUGACCCGAAAUAGAAGAUAAAUAAAAUUACUCUUUUUUUAACAAAGUCCAAAUCAGGGGCAAUUCAAGGUAAAAAGAGUCUCCAAAUUCCAGAAAUUCAAGCCAAGUUGUGAUUAUAAGUCUAUUUGUGAAACAAUAACAAAACACGCAAAAUUAAGGUUUGCACAGGAAAAGACAAUGAAUAAAAGAUGCCAUCGGCCAUGACAGUUACAACCACAGAUUACAUUUUUAAAACUU